CCGGCCGGGGGCAGCGCGGCGCGGCGGGGCGGCGGCAUGGCGGGGCGCUGAGGGGAGCGCGCGCAGCGAGGGGCGGCCGGCGCCCCGGCACCCCAGGGACCCGGCACCUCAGCACCCCAGGGAUCCGGCACCCCGCACCUCACGACCCCGGCACCCCGCACCUCGGCACCUGAGCGCCCCGGCACCCCGCACCCCGGCGCCUCGGCACCCCGCACCUCGGCACCCCAGGGAUCCGGCACCCCGCAGCCCAGCGCCCCGGCACCUCAGCACCCCAGGGCCCCGGCACCCGAACGCUCCGGCACCCCGCACCCCGCAGCCCGGCACCCCGCAGCCCAGGGACCCGGCACCCCAGGGACCCGGCACCCCGGACCCCGCAGCCCGGACCCCGCAGCCCGGCACCCCGCAGCCCAGCGCCAUGGGCAGCCGCGGGGUGCUGCGAUGAGCGCUCCCCCGGCCGUUUCCCCCCGCGCGAAUAUGGGCACAGCCGUGUCCAAAAGGAAGACGCUGAGGAAUGAGGCCAUGUCGUCGGUGGCGGCUAAAGUGAGAGCUGCAAGGGCUUUUGGAGAGUAUCUUUCACAAAAUCAUCCUGAAGGCAGAAAUGGCUCAGAUCACCUGUUAGCAGAGUCCUACAUCGGACAGGAGGACUCCCCCGAGAUGCAGCAGGCGGCUCAGAACAAGCGCAGGCUCUCCGUCAUCUCCGACGGCAAAUUUGAGAGGAGCUUCUCUGAGGAGCAGGCAGAGAAGAUGGCAAGCGAGGGGCCGAAGCCGCGCGUCUACACCAUCUCCGGCGAGAGGCCGAUGCUGUCGGACCACGAGAACGAAAGUAUGGAGCUGGUGGUGAUGAAGGGGGCUGCCCAAGAGGAAUGCCACCACGGCCACCACCUGCACGGCGCUGGCGGCUCGCACGGCGUCAGCAGGCACUGCAAGGGCUGGCCCGGCAGCCGGCAGGGCUCCAAGGAGUGCCCAGGCUGCUCCCGCCUGGCUGCCCCCUCCCAGCAUUCCUUUGAGCUGGAGCAGCAGCAAUCCGGAGAGGUGGGCUGGCAGAGAAAGAGGCUGGAGAGGAUGUACAGUGUUGACAGAGUGUCUGAUGAUGUCCCCAUACGAACCUGGUUCCCAAAAGAGAACCUCUUCAGUUUUCAAACUGCUACUACAACUAUGCAAGCCAUCUCGGCGUUCAGGGGCUACGCAGAGAGGAAGAGACGGAAACGAGAGAAUGAUUCUGCAGCUGUUAUACAGAGGAAUUUUCGGAAGCACCUCCGCAUGGUGGGGAGCCGAAGGGUUAAAGCACAAACAUUUGCCGAACGGCGUGAGAGGAGCUUCAGCAGGUCCUGGAGUGACCCGACUCCCAUCAAAGCCGAUUCCUUCCAUGACUCUCGAGAAAGCCAUGACCUUCAGGAUUCCUGCGGCACUUUGGAUGGUGACUUUGACCUGAACUGGGAAGCAGAAAAGGAACUUGAAGCCAUGGCAUGUGAUGGAGAAGACUUUAUUCCACCAAAAAUAAUGCUCAUUUCUUCCAAGGUGCCCAAAGCAGAGUAUGUCCCGACAAUCAUCCGCAGGGACGACCCCUCUAUCAUCCCCAUUCUCUACGACCAUGAACAUGCCACCUUUGAUGACAUCCUAGAGGAAAUAGAGAAGAAGCUUAACAUUUAUCGGAAAGGCUGCAAAAUCUGGAAGAUGCUGAUAUUUUGCCAGGGAGGUCCUGGGCACUUGUACUUGUUAAAGAACAAAGUUGCCACUUUCGCCAAAGUGGAGAAGGAGGAAGAUAUGAUCCUCUUCUGGAAGAGGUUGAGCCGGCUGAUGAGUAAAGUCAAUCCUGAACCAAAUAUCAUUCACAUCAUGGGCUGCUAUGUUCUUGGAAACCCCAAUGGGGAGAAGCUAUUUCAGAAUCUGAAAAACUUAAUGAAUCCUUAUAGGGUUGCCUUUGAGUCUCCACUUGAACUAUCAGCUCAAGGUAAGCAAAUGAUUGAGACUUACUUUGAUUUUCGCCUUUACCGCCUCUGGAAGACCCGCCAGCACUCGAAGCUGUUGGACUACGACGACAUUUUAUGAGCUGGAGAAGACUUUGCAAGAGGAAGCUGAUCACCGGUGCCCAAGAAGUCAUGCUUGUUGCAGAGAGACUUUUUUUCUUGGCACAGGGAGCCCAGUGGGAGGCAGCAGUGCUAAAGGGAGGGAGGAAGGAGCCCUCGGAAGUGUGUCGGGAGGAAGGUCUCCUGGGUCACGAGAGACUGGAGGGAGAGGGUUUGACACCUCAGUCGCCCCAGGUCAGAGCCGUGGUGUCUCAGGAGGAGCUGUGUGAACCGAGGACAGGAUGGAGUUCCUUGCAGAACUGAGCUGUUUUGGGUCAGAACGGGCCAGAUUUGAUUCCAGGUCCUUUUAAAGACUUUUGAAGCUCAGGUUUUCUUACAUUAAAAAAAAAAUAAUAAUAAAAAAUCCAAUCCACUACCCGUGCACUACAGUGAAGAAGUGCCCAGAGCACAGAGGAAGGAGGGGUUGGUACUGUGGGACCUGCUGUGCUGGGGAGCUUGGAGAGCAAGGACUGCUACACCUACUCCUGCAAGCUUAGAUUAAGAGGAUCCAGUUUCAAUGUGAAUAUAUACUGGAAUAUUAGAAUCAAAAUCUGGGUGUUUUUUUGUUUUGUUUUGUUUCAUAGAAAAUAAGUGCAAUUUUUAUAGUGAGGGGGGGUAAAAUCCCUCCCAGUAUUUAAUUAGUUAAAAAUAACACACCAGUAACCAAUAGAUGAGGUAUUUUUGGUCUGCUUGAAAAUAUAUUCAGAAUGGUAAUAUAUCUUCUGUAGACAAUAUUUAAUCACCAGCAAACAUGGUUUUAACAUAACUUUAGCAGACCCUGCAUGUCUGCUGCAUUGAUUAAUCCAGUUUGGUUCAUUACUUUCAGAGUAGCUUGUUGCACUAAUUGGACGUGCUCUCACUAAUGUAUAUUUCUCCUCCAAUUAGACACAACUUUGUUAACUUUCUAUUUUGCUGCUUGCAAAACUAUGGGACUUUAGUUUUGCUGAAGUAUUUUAGGUUAGAAAACGGGGUACCUGGCUGAGGAACUUCUGUCAGGUUCACUAUUGGUAUAAAAAUGAAUUAGAAAUUGAUAGCCAUGGUAAUUACUUGUUCAUGCCAGUGUUUUGCUGUGUGUCCAGAGAUGAGUUCUCUCUGUAUCCUGCUGUGUGGAGCAGUGUGGUCACACCACCUUCAGGAAUCCUCCAAGGAGACUGUUCACUGAGGUGUUGGGAAGAAAAGCUUCUGGAGGGACACAGCACGGGUUUGUAGCAUGACUUGGAAUCUUCCCUCUGUUCACUUGAUUGCCAGUUGUUUGUGCAAACACCACCUCCUUCCCAGUGCUAAAAUGACCUGUUUGUUGGUCUGUGCUGCUCAUGGCCCCUCCUGUGUAGGACAGAGUAAACCCUGAGCUUUGUCAGAGCAGCCCUGGGUUGAGAACCCAGAUCUGUACUUGAUCUUUGAAGAUAUGUUUUGGAAUAUAGGUACUUUCUCUUUGUUUAUGUUGAGGGGUUGCUUUUUUGUUUUGGGAAGGCUUUUUUUCAUCUUCUACUCCUGUUCAGAGGAGAAAUAACUACUUACAGGUGGUGUAGGUCACUCUGACAAUUCUGGGAGGUGAUACAAGUUAUUCCUUUCUUAAGUAAAAUAUACUGGAGAAGUAACAGGGAAUGAUCACCUUGAUUUCCUUGUAUCUAAAAUCAGUUGGUUGUGAAGUGAAGGAAAAUCUAUGUGCAAAUCUUCUUUCAAAUGCUUACAAAAAGAACUAGUUGUUCUGAUCUGUAGAGUUUUCCUUCCCCUGUGACAUAUCUGUGGUUGUAAUUUUGGAGAGCAGGCCUCUGGCUGCUGAACCCUGUACAUUUAUAGCAGUUUUAUAGCAAAAGUAAAAAGAAAUAAUGUACAUACAGCAAGUAGGGAGAGGAAUAGGUGGAGGAAGAUGGUUUAAAGUCACUGAAAGGAACAUAUUGAACCAAAAGGUUUGGGCUGUUGCCUCCCCCUCUGGUUGGGAGCUGUUGGGAACUGCCCUGCUGAGCUGUCCUGGCCUCAGGAGGUUUGGUGGCUGUUCCUCAUCCCUGGCUGGACUCUUGUCCUCUUGACUCAGUCGUGUUUUCCAGACUUGUAAGGAAGGGGAUAAUAGGUACUGGUCUGUAUCCUGUGGAACAAAAUGCCAGCUGUAAAAAAGAAAAACAGAAUGUCUGCCAAUUCUCUAUUAUUUUGCAUGGCAGGUUCCAGCAGCUGUGCCUGGGAGAGGUGGGAGCUGUAGGGGUGAUGGAAGCAUGAGGUCGUGUGUUGUUUGGAGAAGGAAAUGGCAGUGGCAGGAUUAAAAUGCUGACACAAAACUCUCUCCCUUUCUGACUCUUUUACCUCCUGUGGUUAAACUCCUAACUGGAGACAGACAAACUGUUCUUCCUUUCUCUUUUCUAAAGUAACUUCCCAAUUCAGUGAACUUGGUAGCAUGAAUGUAGCAUUGUGUAACUAUUGAAAAACUUACUUCACUCCAAAAAGGCCCAUUUCUGUAUCCACUUCAGUGAUUUCUCUGUAGAACUGUUGUAUAUCUAUCCUCACUGACCACUUGUAGAACUAGGGGUGCCAAGUAGGAAGGUAGAUUGUACAGUUGCAUAACUUGUGUAGGAGGAUGUGUGUUUGAAUGAUCCUUACAGACUGUUUUACUGGUGCAGUUGACUCUAGUUCAGUGUCAUGACAAACAAUUAAUGCUUUUCUCUCUUUUCCAAAGACCUCUAUUCCUCAUACUUUGUGAUGUUUAUGACACGAGCGUAUCCUUUCCUUUGUGGCAUUCAUUUUGACUAAAGAGAUGAAAUGCUCUAAAAGCUGUGACUGGAAAGACAACAGAGUUUUGAUGUUUAAAGUCCUUUGUGCAAAUA